AACCCAUUUGUAUUUCCUUCCGCAUCCUUCACACUCCGGCUACCACCAUCUCUCACCCCCCGCCGCCGCCGGCUCCAACUCCCAGCGCCCCGCCGCGCCCCGCCGCUGUCUCCAUCGGAGCUCCCUACCGACUGCCCCGAACCAUGGCAGCCGCAUCAGCGACGCGCCGCGGCCUCUCCUCUCUCCUCCUCUCCCCUUCCUCCCGCGCGCUCCGCCGCCGCCUGGGCCCCCUCGCCGCCGCGGCCGCCUCACCGCACGUCGCCCCGUGGCCCCUUCUCGCGCCGCGCGGGGCCAGGACCGCGUCGUCCGGCGGGUCCGGGCACUCCCCGCUGAACGACCCGUCCCCGAACUGGAGCAACCGGCCGCCCAAGGAGACGAUCCUUCUCGACGGCUGUGACUACGAGCACUGGCUCAUCGUCAUGGAGUUCCCCACCGACCCCAAGCCGUCGGAGGAGGAGAUGGUCGCGGCCUACGUCAAGACCCUCGCGGCCGUCCUCGGAAGUGAGGAGGAAGCAAAGAAGAAGAUCUACUCAGUGUGCACUUCAACAUACACAGGAUUUGGUGCAUUAAUUUCAGAGGAGUUAUCAUACAAAGUUAAAGGAUUGCCGGGAGUUCUAUGGGUGUUACCUGAUUCGUAUCUGGAUGUUCCUAACAAGGACUACGGAGGUGAUCUAUUCGUAGAUGGUAAGGUCAUACACAGACCUCAGUUCCGAUUCAAUGAGAGGCAGCAGGUAAGGAGCAGGCCUCGUCCUCGUUACGACAGACGACGCGAGAUUGCCCAAGUGGAGCCGAGGGAGACGAUGCAAAGAGGCCCUUCGACGACGCAGCAACAGAGGCCGUAGUACUCGAAUACAGCCAUAUAAAAACUAGGAAAUUACUUCAUCUAGCGAUUGCCAUUAACUGUUAUUG